AUGGUAAUAGCUAAUCAUAAAAUACAUCGAGUUUUAGUGGAUAAUGGCAGUUCGGCUGAUAUUCUAUAUAAACCCGCUUUUGAUUUGAUGAAAAUUGACAAAGAGAAGGUUCUUGCGGUUCAAUAUCCUUUAGUAGGGUUUGCAGGAGAGCAGGUGAUGCCGUUGGGAUCAAUUGAAUUACAAGUCACGAUGGGCACACCCCUUACACAAAAGACAAUUCCGGUAAGGUUCCUCGUCGUCGAUAGAUCCUCGGCAUACAAUGCAAUCUUUAGUAGGACUGCGCAGGCAAAAUUGAAAGCAGUAACGUCGAUACCCCACCUUUGUGUGAAGUUUCCAACUGAAGAUGGGGUUGGAGUCGUCCGAGGAGAACAAAGAGCAGCUCGGGAGUGUUAUAACACUUCCCUAAAGAACUUCCCCGAGUGCGCAUGUCUCGAGGAAGGGAUAGACCUUUCUAUUAUAGAGCAUCGAUUGAAUGUUGAUCUGAGUUGUAGGCCGGUGAAGCAACGGCGCAGAACCUUUGCCCCGGAGAGGAAUCAGGCGAUUCCCGACGAGGUACCGAAGUUGAUGAAGGCUGGAUUUAUUAGGGAGGUUGAUUAUUCGAAAUGGUUGGUGAAUGUUGUACUGGUGAAGAAUGCUAAUGGAAAGUGGAGGAUGUGCGUGGACUUCACUGACCUCAAUAAAGCUUGUCCGAAAGAUUGUUUCCCUCUGUCCAGAAUAGAUCAGCUUGUGGACUCGACCGCAAGACGUGAAGUGCUGAGCUUCAUGGAUGCAUUCUCUGGUUACAAUCAGAUAUAUAUGGCUAAAUCUGAUCAGGAGAAGACAUCAUUUAUAGUCGAUCGUGGGCUCUAUUAUUACACAAUGAUGCCCUUCGGGUUAAAAAACGCUGGGGCCACCUACCGAAGCUCGAAGAUUGAUGCCUUAUUUUCAAGCACAUGCAAUAAGGGUAUUGGCGGAAUACCCCUCAGAAAGAUACUCCAGAAGCUGGACCUGUCGGGGAGGCUUGUUAAUUGGGCGGUAGAGUUGGGACAGUUUGAUAUUGAAUUCCAUCCCCGGAUAGCAAUAAAGGGGCAGGUUUUGGCGGAUUUCUUAGUUGAGAUGAAUGGCGACGCGGAAGCCACGGAACUUCCCAGAGCAUUGACCUGGAUCGCCUAUGUGGAUGGCUCAUCAGCAAGUGGGCAAAGUGGAGCAGGGGGUCGUGCUCUGAGGUCCUAA